UAUAACAAACUUAUCAGACCGAGCAGAAACCAGUCAGUGCCGUUAUCGGUACACGUCAUAUUUACACUUUACGGCAUAUCAGGCGUUGACGAGAUCGAACAGAAACUGACCGUUACUAGAUGGCUUGAGGUUGAAUGGACAGAUGAAUUGUUAUCAUGGACACCCUCAAGCUACGGAGGAUUAAGGUAUAUAUAUUAUCCUCAAGGCGAAGUAUGGAAACCAGAUAUUUCUUUACAAAAUGGAUUUUCCAAACUGGAAGAGCUCGGAUCAAAAUUCAUUUCGGUGUUUAUUGAUUCAAAUGGAUUGGUAAAUUGGAGGCCCUUCCAAGUGUUUGAGUCUAAAUGCGAUAUAGAUUCAACAUAUUUUCCGUUUGAUUGGCAGACGUGUCAUUUAGAUUUUGUAGCGUGGAGUUUGUCUAGUAAAGAUGUCCAUAUAACACAAGGCAGCAAGGGAAUAGAACUUGCCGAUGAUCUACAGCGCCAUGGUGAAUGGAAAAUACUAUCUUCAUCUGCAUUGAAUCUCGCGGAAUCUCACGAGACAAAAGUUCGAUUUACAAUAGUGAUUCAGCGAAAACCAUUGUACGCUAUAAUAAAUUAUAUUAUGCCGAUCUUGUUACUUUCAAUUCUAGAUAUUUUUACAUUCAAGAUACCGGUUGAAACAGGGGAACGCAUAGGUUAUGUUAUAACAGUAUGGCUAGCAUAUGCUGUGUUUCUCACGAUUAUCAGUGAUUCGUUGCCACAGAGUUCAGAAUCUAUUCCGAUUGUUUCUAUUUAUAUCAUGAAACAAAUAUUCAUCGCAACUGUGAUUGUUAUCAUUUCAGCAAUAGAAUCAGGAUGCGCACAUUUGACUGAUGAUGAAUCAGUGUAUUACCUUUUAAGAACGCUUGCCAAGAAGUGCCGGAAACCAAGUGUACAAUCAGAACCGGUAAUUCAAAAUGUUUUGAAAGAGACGAAACCUGCGUAACGUGGAAGGAAGCGAUAUCAGCUCUUGAUAAAUGUUUGUUCUGGGUUUGCCUGACAAUUUUUGUUUUAUCUACUCUGAUUACUUUACUCAUUGCAGGUAUGAAGUAUAUAUAAUUUAUUUGAAGAACUUUUGUAUUAAACAGACUCAGAGAUCGAAUUUGUAGGACAAUCAUGUUUGAAGAGUUAUUUCCCUUUGAUGGAGAUAAUUAAAGAAUGAUACUUAGAGAAUUCAA